AUGGUGGCCGGCUCUAGGUCGUCAUUGAGGCGUCCUACAUUACGAGGUCACAAGUCAACAAGGUCAAGCAGUCUGCCCAACAAUGACACGCCACCUCUACUUCCGCAGUCAGGCGAGAGUGGGAAUGCGCAUCGAACCAAACGCGCCCGCACCUCUACCAUUCCCGGACAGGAACAGGAUCUGAAAAGACGUCGUCUAUCGACUCACAAGAGCGAGGUACCGCAAUUACGUAUACCGUUACGAAGUCGAGGGGGUGUACCUAAGGUCGUCUCACCACCCUCGGGCGCGCCUCCGAAUGCGUCGCCGCCGAAGCUCCCUAUAAACACAUCACCGACCACGAAGCCCCUGGACUCGCCCAGCGGCAAACCACAAUAUGACCAGAUCAAGAUUAUUGAAGAAAAGGCCAAGGCCUCGAUUCGAGAGGGGUCGUUGUCUGCGGCUCAGGCUGAAAGACGAAAGCUGCGCUCUGAAGAUGGAGGGUCUCGUGCUAAGACAGAGCUCGCACAAUAUUUCCCGGACUUCGAGGAAAUGCUCAGCUUGAAGCCUCCUGAUCCUGUAGAAGUCUUGACGGUACAAUCAAAAAUCGUUCUGAUUGACGAUACCCCCGACUUCAAACCAGCCCCCCCGAGACCCGACCCGUUCGGCACACACAAACCGCUUCAUAAUACCGAGGUUAUCCAGCUCAAUCGUCGUGGCAUCUCAACAGGUAUAGCCUCUCAUGACCCUUUGGACGACGAGGUAUAUUCGAAGAUACACGCAAAAGCCGAGAGGCAUGAAAAACAGAUGAAAAACGGUGACAGAGAGCGAGCACAACAUGAAAAGUACCAGCUCGAAAAAUUGCUGGAUGAUCUGCGUGGUCCUGACUGGCUGAAAACUCUGGGAAUAAGUGGCGUGACUGACACCGAGAAGAAACGAUAUGAACCUAAGCGAUUACUGUUCAUACGAGAAACUCAGGGGUUGAUUGAUAAAUUUAAACGGUGGAAGGAAGAAGAAAAGCGCAGGAAGCUGGAGAGAGAGCAGGCGCUCCUAGAAGAGGCUAUGGAAGAUGAGGAGGAUGCUACAAGUUGGUUGUCGGACGAGUUGGAGAGCGCUGAUAGCGAGUCAUCUCUGGCUCCCAACUCUAGCGAGCUCGAUGCGCUUGCUUCCCAACAACUCAUUGAGGAAGCGAAGAAUGCCAACACACGGAAGAAGUCUGCCCUGGAGGUCACAGAGGUCACAGAACUACCUGCCUCCAAGCCUUUUGUUUCGUUCUUCGAGAAAAAGCAUCUUCGAGAUGCCGCUGUCGCCGGCCGCCAGAGGGGACGCACAAUCUCAGCCUUUGGUCGACCUGUGCCGGAGUUUACAGAGCAGGAGUUCGAGCUGCCACACGACGUUCUCACAGAAGAGGCUAUCAGAGCAAGCCAACGAUCCCGCAGGCGACUUCGCCGAGGAGUGGAUGAUUGA